UAUGAAAAUUAUUUAAAUUACACUUAUGUAUAAUACAGUUGGAAGUGUUUGAGUUUUUAGUGUUUUCUUGGAAAUUUAAAGGUUGGAGUGUGAACUGCAACGCCACCAUGCUUCAGGUCAAGCAUGCAUCAUGAGGACAGAGACAGAGGAUAGUAAUUGGCUACUUCAGAAUUCAGAUCAGUACUGAGCAUUGCUCGGUUUUGAUUAGACAAUUGUCAUAGCAACCACGUGUUGCGUCUAGUUUUAGUAGCCACGUGCUUUUUGUUUUGUUUUUUAUUCUCAAAGUUUAUCGAUUGUUAUAUAACUGUUUUCCAUAGUUAAAAUAUUAUUUCGUCGUCAUAAUGUCUCCGUUAACGUGUAAAAUAGGCCCUUCGAUAUUGAACGCGGAUCUUUCGAUGCUGUACGAAGAAUCACAGAAAUUGCUGGACAGCGGUUCCGAUUAUCUUCACUUGGACGUGAUGGACGGACACUUCGUGCCGAACCUCACCUUCGGCCACCCGGUAGUCAAGUGCCUUCGUAACAAGCUCGUAAAUGCCUUCAUGGAGGCACAUAUGAUGGUCUCUAAUCCAGAUCAGUGGAUCGAACCGAUGGCUGAUUGUGGCCUGGACCAGUACACAUUUCACGUCGAGGCUUCAGACGACGUCCUAGCCACUUGCAGGAAGGUCCGUGAAUUAGGGAUGAAGGUCGGUGUGGCAUUUAAACCGAACACUGAUGUUAUGGUAGUCAAACAUUACGUUGAUGAUGUUGAUAUGAUACUGAUCAUGACGGUCGAACCAGGAUUUGGGGGUCAGAAGUUCAUGAGUGACAUGAUGAAGAAAGUCAGAUGGCUUAGGGACAACUUUCCAACGAUGGAUAUUGAAGUUGACGGUGGUGUGGGUCUUAACACCAUUCAAGAAUGCGCUGAGGCUGGUGCCAACAUGAUUGUAUCAGGGACGGCUGUGACUGGUGCUACAAAUCCUUCAGAAGUAAUAAGCAAAUUAAGGGAAGUUGUACAAAGUAAAUUGUAAAGUUGUUUAUUCUUUUAUAUAUAUAUAUAUAUAUAUAAUA